UUGCGCAGGGAGUGAAUAGUAAUUUGGGACGUGUUCGCUGUCAGGAAGCCAUGUUGUUUUGUUUCCGUAGAAGAGCUCAUAAGCCACUUUCUGCUCUUCUGUUUCUGAGGAUAUCUUUGGCGAACUUAAACAUGGGAGGCAGCUCGGUGUUACCCAGCAAAGAGCAAGCUCUCAAGGGCAGGGAGGAGAAAAUGACCGUGGCAGCUAAGCAUGCAGCCACAGGGAGGCCCACAGUGGAGCCUUUUCCUGAACUAACACAGAUGAUCAUGUUUGGUAUGGGCUGUUUCUGGGGUGCAGAGAGGCGCUUCUGGACUCUUCCUGGAGUUUUCUCAACACAGGUCGGCUACGCGGGUGGAUUCACCCCCAACCCUACCUACCAGGAGGUGUGUUCAGGUCUGACAGGCCACACAGAGGUGGUACGAGUGGUCUACGUUCCUAAAGAUCUAAGCCUAGACAAACUCCUGAAGGUGUUUUGGGAGAGCCACGACCCCACUCAAGGUAUGGCUCAGGGAAACGAUAAAGGGACGCAGUACCGUUCGACUAUCUACACGUGCGGUCCGGAGCAGCAGGAGCUAGUCAUGAAGAGUAAAGAGCUCUACCAGCAGGCUUUGAGGGAGAAAGGCCGGGGUGCGAUCACCACCGAAAUCAGAGAGAACCCGGUCUUCUACUACGCAGAGGAUUACCACCAGCAGUACCUGCACAAGGUCCCUGAUGGUUACUGCGGACUGAAGGGAACGGGAGUCACCUGCUCCUUCGGGGCAAGUUCCAAGGCUGAACUUUGACUCAGAAGAGUCAGUGCAUGUCGCCUUUUGUAGCACAUGGGUUUGUAGGAGAGAUGGAAGUAAAUGUGUGGGUGUGUAGAUAAAUCAUAGGCAUAAAUAAUCGUGUAAUAGCAAUAAUAUUAUACCUGUAAUACAUUUGCACACAGAUCCUAUGUACAAUGAGAGGAGAGCUAGUCUUAAACCACUUUUUGUGUACUCAAAAGAAGUCAUUUUGAGAGUCAUGUUCCUGGUGUUUGCUUUGUUAAAACGAUAACUUGCCUAGAUUUCAAAUUAGCAAUGUCCAGGUACGUCUCUUCAUUCAUGUUUUUAUUUUCAUGGUGUGUUAUUCCUCAGUACUAUCUGCCAAGAAGCUGCCCUAUAUCAUGAUGCUUCCACCACCAUACUUUACUAUAAACUUGAAACUUCAUCUUAAGAAUCUGAACUUCUUCCUUUCCUUCAACCAUAGUGAUCUCCAACCAUAAUGAUCUGAUAUUCUUUUGCCAUAUGGUUUGAUUGUUGUUGCUGACUGUUGUUCCUGCUCCUUUCAGGUCAUCCUGCAACCUAUUUUAAUUAAUUGCUGGCUUCAUAUUUUUUAUUAUUAGUCUAAGAGCAUUUUGAGAAAUUCUGGGUGGCUUACAAUCCUGUCUGGGGACAAAUUGUGGUUCCUUGAGCUUCGCACAUACUAAAUCAGUUAGACGGCAAAGUAUUUAAAGUAUAAUGUGUUUGCUGUUUGGUGUGGCUCCUUGACUUUUAUCAUGAUUGCUACUCAUUGCGCAAUAAAAUUAGGCAGAUGAAGUUCAUGGGCACAAACAGUGAAUUAAAAACAAAAAUAAUAAUAGUGGAAUAUUUGUUCCUCUUUGCCGUGUGACCUUGUCAUUAAACAAAGACCCAGAAAAAUGAUGUGAGGAUUUUUGUCAUGUAAACAGGAUUAUUCACAGGAGCAGAUUGAGAUACUGUGUGACACAUUACAUCAGGAACACUCACAUAUGAACACUAGUGCAUUAAUGACGUUCUGUAUGUAUACGGACGCUCCUUGUAAUUAUUAAAUUCAUGGGUUUUGGUCACACCUAUUGCUAAACAGUGUUUAAAUUCUAAUCUUGUAGUAACAGUUUGAACAAAGUGAGUUUGGUUUAGAUGAACUCCAGUGGCCUGCACACAGCCCUGAGCUCAACACCAUUGAACACAUUUGGGAUGAAUCGGAACGUCAACGGCAAGCCAGGUCUUCUCAUUUAACAUGUGUCUGACCUUAAAAAUGCUGUUGAUCAUACAGAUACUCUGGUUGAAUCUGGCCGUACACAACUCAAAUGUUAUUUUUUCUGUUGUACUAAUAAGACUUGUUCCCAAAUAUUCUUGUGUUUUCUAUUUGCAAAAUAUAUUCCUUACAAUAACCACUGUGUUUAAUGCUUUAAUUGCAAUAUUUCUGCUUCUUUUUAGUUUUUUGUGAUUAAAUCUUUCAUGCAAUUCACGAGACUCUGAAUGCACAUUCAUGAGAUUACAAACAGAACUUUAUUAAUGAUAGAAUUGCUUGUGCCUUGAGGAUAAGUUCCAAAAUCAUCAUUCAGAGCAUGAAAAUGUGGAUGUAUUAUAUAAAAUGCUAAACACAUACCUAGCUUGGGAUGUUCUUCUAAAAUUUGCAUUCAAUAAAAUAAAUAAAAAAAA